CCCGUAUCGGCCCUCUUACACUCUGCCUGUUCUAUGAAAAAAGCUUAUGUAUCUCCGACUAUUAUGCAACUGAUACACUCAGCAGAGCUGAGCAGUCCGUGACAGGAUGUCUUACGAUGACGAGCCCUUCGAUGACUGCGACGAGCCGUCCUAUGAUGACCAGUACUAUGAUGAGCCAGAUUAAAGUGAUCCAUACUACGAUGGGCCGGAUUAUAGCGACCCUUACUAUGAAGGGCCAUAUUCCAAUGACGAGCACUACGAUGAGCCAGACUGUGAAGACCCAUACUAUGAAGAACCAGCUUAUGAUCCAUCCAACUACCACCCAUCUUAUGGAGAAGAGUACUAUGAUCGACCGCCUUCUGGAGAUCAGUACUGUCAUGAGCCGUAUCCUGAUGACCGAUACUUCGAUGAGCCAUCUUUCGAGUAUCAGUACUCGGAAGAGCCACCCUUCGAUGAUCGGUCCUUCGAUGAGUCACCCUCUAAUGAUCAAUACUCAGAUCAACCUUCCUUCGAUGACGACAAGCUUGAUGGCGAAGACUUCGACGGCCCCCCUCACAAUAAUUAGCGGUUCGAAGAACCUCCGCUCAAUGGGCCUUGCUCAGCUGGGCCACCGCCCCACCGCCAAAGCUACGCUUCACUUACUCAAGGAGUCGCGAGCCGCCUGUGAAUGUCACAUGUGUGAAUCAGGUGACUGUCAACAUUCAGCAUUUCCACAACCUGUCUGUUCACGUACACCCCGUCGCAAACACGACCUUCUCUGCCAGAACACCAGACUCUGAAAAUCAGCACCCCGGGAAUCAACAACCCAGGAACCAACAACCCAAGAAUCAGCGGCCCAAUAACCACCCGAAGGGCCAGUUCGCUCGUGAGGAGUACCGCAAGAAGCAACCAUCCACCAGGCAACCUGUCCAGAAACUGCUCUGCGACGGAAAUUC